GAAAAUUUAAAUACCCCAAGUAAAUUGAUAUGAGUGUAAGCUUACAUUCCGCCUCGAAAAGUGGGAUUUUCUCGACUAUAUCAUAGAUAAUUAUCCACAAUUAGUACCAUUCCUAUCACUGAUGAUUUCUAUGUGAUCAUUUAAAAAGAAAAAAAACUAUAAAAAAUAAAGUUAAACCUUUUUUGUCAAUAAUUUGUCUUCACCGUGAACAUUGAACUCAACAUACCAUAUUAAAUUUCUUAUAAGCACACAAUUUCCGCUACAUUAUCCUUUUGAUAAUAUGAGAGUUAAUAAAAAACUCCAUGGAAAAACGGUUUUUAUAACUGGUGCCUCUCGAGGAAUCGGUAAAGCGAUCGCAUUAAAAGCUGCAAGAGAUGGUGCUAAUAUAGUAAUAGCAGCAAAAACUGCAGACCCACAUCCAACGCUUCCUGGUACAAUUUAUAGUGCAGCAAGAGAAAUUGAAAAUGAAGGAGGCAAAGCCCUAGCUUGUAUCGUUGAUGUGCGCGAUGAGCAACAGGUACGCAAAGCGGUCAAAGAAGCUGUUGAAAAAUUCGGUGGCAUUGAUAUACUCGUGAACAAUGCUAGUGCAAUUUCGUUGACGUCCACACUUGAUACCGAUAUGAAACGUUUCGAUUUAAUGCACAACAUCAACACAAGAGGCACAUUCUUGGUGACAAAGGAAUGCCUACCACACCUACUGAAAAGUAAACAUGGACAUAUUUUGAAUAUAUCACCACCACUCAUUAUGUCACCCCAUUGGUUCAGUCAUCAUGUUGCCUAUACCAUGGCUAAAUAUGGUAUGUCAAUGUGUGUACUGGGUAUGGCUGAGGAAUUUAGAGAUAAAAGCAUAGCGGUAAAUGCACUAUGGCCACGUACAGCUAUAUAUACAUCAGCAAUUGAAAUGUUGCAAGGUGUAGGCGCUGCUCAAUAUUCUCGUUCGCCGGAAAUAAUGGCCGAUGCCGCCUAUGCCAUACUCAUUAGAGAUCCAAAUACCUGUACAGGAAAUUUUUUCAUUGAUGAAGAGGUACUAAGUGAAGAAGGUAUAAAUGAAUUGACAAGAUAUUCAUGUUUUCCCGAAAACGCAGAUAAACUGAUGUCUGAUUUUUUUCUGCCGGAUAAAUAUAUAUCUAAGUUGUAACAUAUUUUAUUUGGAAAAUUGAUUUGUGGAUAUUCUACUUCUACAUACGUUAGUUCUUUGGCAUAACUGGUGUAUGUAAAAAAAAUUGUUAUAUUUUAUAUCCAGCAUUUCAUAUUGUUGUAUAUACUU